UCGCAUUACUUACGAGUGCUAAUGAACCCGCAAUUGUAAAUCAAAUCGUAGUAGAGUGAACCGCGAUGGCUGCGUGUGAGCAGAAACUGUACCCCAACUGCGACCCGACUGUGUGGCUCCGAUCCUGUGAGGAGGAGGUCACAGAACCAUUGGAAGGACACAUUACAGGUGAAAUCCCAACAUGGGUACGCGGUACCCUGCUGCGGAACGGGCCGGGCUCACUCCAAGUUGGCUCCGAGCGGUUCGAUCACCUGUUCGACAGCUCUGCCCUGCUGCACAGGUUUGCCAUUCACGACGGGAGCGCCACAUACCAGUGCCGUUUCCUGCAGUCCAACACAUACAAGCGCAACCAGGCGGCGCGGCGCAUCGUGGUCACGGAGUUCGGGACCAGUGCGGCCCCAGAUCCGUGCCACACUAUAUUUGACAGAGUUUCGGCACUUUUUAACCCGGGAGAGUCAAUGUCGGACAACGCCAUGAUAUCCGUGUACCCGUUCGGUGACGAGAUGUAUGCCUUCACAGAGGGACCGGUCAUUCAUAGGGUGGACCCAGUGACCUUGGACACGCUGGGACGGAGGAACCUGACACAGAGCCUGGCGCUAGUCAACCACACCUCGCAUCCCCACGUCAUGCCUAAUGGAGACGUGUAUAACGUGGGCAUGUCUCUCAUAAAAGGGCGCUUGCAGCAUGUCGUGGUCAAAUUUCCCUUCACGGAAAAAGGGGAUAUGUUCGAGCGAGCUCGCGUCGUAGGCAGCAUGAAACCACGGUGGCCACUACACCCGGCGUAUAUGCAUACUUUUGGUAUAACGGAGAACUACUUCGUGAUAGUCGAGCAGCCGCUGUCGGUGUCGCUGGUGGGCGUGGUGCGGAACCAGCUCUCCAACAAACCUCUCGCCAAGAGCUUGCACUGGUACCCGGAACACAAGACACACAUCGUUCUAAUAAGUCGGAAAACUGGGAAAGAAGUGACGCGAUACCGGACCGACACCUUGUUUUACCUCCACAUCAUCAACUCGUUUGAGCAGGACGGCAGGCUUAUCGUCGAUAUCUGUGCGUAUAAUGACGCUAAGGUGAUAGAUGCUAUGUACAUCCAGGCCAUUGAAUCGAUGCAAAGCAACGCAGACUACGCGGAGUGGUUCCGCGGGCGGCCCAAGCGGCUCGAGAUCCCACUUGACGCCCCCCGUCUCACGCGUGUGGCGCCUCGCCUACUGGCCGACCUCGGCUGCGAGACGCCCAGGAUACACUACGACCUGUACAAUGGAAAACCAUAUCGUUUCUUCUACGCGAUUAGUUCAGAUGUCGACGUGGAAAACCCAGGACUGAUCAUCAAAGUGGACACGGCGACGGGUGAGACGCGGACGUGGUGCGACGUGGACUGCUACCCCAGCGAGCCCAUCUUCGUUCCGAGACCGGGCGCUAAGGCCGAAGAUGAGGGCGUGUUGCUGAGCGCAGUGGUGCACGGAGCGGGCGACGCGCGCGCCGUGGCGCUGCUGGUGCUGGAGGCGGCGACCCUGCGCGAGCUCGCGCGCGUCUGCUUCCGCACGCCCUCGCCCGCGCCCAAGUGUCUGCACGGCUGGUUUCUGCCCGAGCGGGUGUAGUGGUGGAACAUAGCAUGGCGUGUGAGCUGCUUCAAUUGUUGGCUGAGCGUCGUCUUG